AUGUCACUGUCUAAACAGCUGAAACCAUCCAUUUAUCGCCCUGAGCUUGUAAAAGUAAGCGAUUGGAGAGAUGACAUGAGAGAGUGGCCGGAAGUGUUGUAUGGUGACAUUUACAAUUACUUAGUGAAAAAUCGGGCAGUUGAUGAAAGUGAAAUGCAGAACUUUAAAUCGUUUGACAGUUUCAACUACUUUAAGAGUGGUUCUGUUGGGAAAAGUUUGCAUGCUAUAGUUGACGAUGACUUAGUUUUGUUAAAAGCAGAGGUUCGUCCAUCACAGAAGGCCAAUGAAAAGUGGCAUUCGCCGUGGGUGUUGUGUGGGCGUAACGGCUUUGUUUAUACUGGCGAGUGUUCGUGUGUUGCGGGUUUGAGUAAAACAUGUAGUCAUGUCGGGGCGUUGUUGUGGAAGGUAGAGCAUGCUGUUAGAAUGAAUUUGACGGGAAAGAGUUGCACAGAUGAGCAAGUAAAAUGGAACAUGGGAACGACCAGAAACAUCGAACCAGGUUUAAUUAACAACAUGGACUUCCAAAAGCCAAAACGGCGUGUAGAAGAAAAGGAAUUUGAAUGUGAUGAUAGUGAGUAG